AUCUUCUUUUUCAUGACUCUUAAUAAAAAACAAUAACAUUUCUAAUAAUCCGGUGGGCUGAUUUGGAAAAGUCCAAUUCCAGCAGUGUAACCAUAACCAACCCAAAUUAUUGAUUUGAUUAACUUUACAUCUUAAACCCCAUCCCUCUUCCUCUCUCUCUCUCUCACCACUUUCCUUCUUCCUUCCCCCCUGGGAGCUUUCUUAUAAAACCCUCCACCGCCGCCCCGCAACUUGCUCUCUUAAAUCCCCAUAAAUCAACAAUUUCUUCUUCUCCCCUCCAGCCUCGAAUUCCAAUUCCCCAAAUCUAAUCUCUUUCUCAAAAACCCAAUUCAAAGAUCCGAUCACCCGAACCCGGGAAAAACCCCUGCAGAUCCAUGAAAUCGAAAGCAGGGCAGAAUCGGAACGUGUUCGUCAGGAUAAUUACUUGCCCAUUUCGGGUGCUGGGCAGAGCCAGAGAUCUCUACGUCAGAAGCUUGACGGAAUGCGCCACCGGAGCCAGCCACAACCCCAGCCGCCGCCGCGUCCCUUACCACCCCAGCCAGUACAGCUCCCUGCCCCGCAGCCUCAGCGCCGCCUCCUCCAUCUCCAACAACGACGGCGAGGACCUCCGGGAGCUCAUGAGGGCCGCCUCGGUCCGGGUCUACGGCCACAAGAACGAGGCCGAGAUGUACGUCGAGCAGCUGCGGCAGCUCAGGCAGCAGGAGAGGGAGGCUGCCAGAGUGGCCGCCGCCGCUUCCGCCGCCGCCGCUGGGCCGGGGAAGGUUCUUCCCAAGAGCGUCAGCGUCGGGAUGGGAUUCAUGGGGAGGAUCGACGAGGACAAGGCGUGUGAGGAGUUUGAAGAGGGCGCCGCCACCGCCGAUGGAUCCUCCGGCGCCCGGAAAAGUGACGUCAGCAAGAAGGCGGAGAAGUAUCCGCGGAGCAAGAGCUACGCGCCUGCUUCCAAACGACUUGCCGUUUUUUAAGUGGGAAUUGGAAUAUCUCUCCAUUUUUUUUAUCAAACAAUUUGCGUAUUAAUGAACGUAUUUUAAGUGUUACGUAUUUUUACGGCAAAGUCUAGACUCUAGAAGGGUGACGCGUUUGGGAUAAUUAAUAACGUUUUGCGACGGAGAAGGUAGUUGCCACUUGUCGGCCAGCUGGUUUGCUAUUUGUAGUUUUGUACAGAGUAUAAAAAUGCGGCGCCGGCGCCGGCGAGCAGUCCAAAGAGUGUUUAUACAAUUUUUUGGAAGCCCCAAUUUCGUGCGUUUACGAUUUCCGGGAUGUAUCUGAAAUUCUAUUUACAAUAUUCAACUUCAAAUUUAGCGGCAGAAAUUGUUUGGAUGAUAAAAAGUCUUUGGAAACAUGUUCAAUGUAUAAUAGUAAAAAGUCAAACGAUAAUGAUCUAAAAGUAACUAAUAAGCCAUUUGGAUAGAGUUUUGUAUGUGGAAUUUUCUGGUGCAAUUUGGAGACAUUAUGUAGAUUUCCAAAUAGGAAAGGAAACUAAGAAGAUAUACAGUAAAAUCUCUACACAUCACAAAUUAAUAAUCUAGUAUAAAUUAAUAAUUUCUUCGUCUCUUAAAUAUUUCAAGUCCCAUUAUUUGUUUUCCUUCUUCCAAAACAAUCAUCGGUUAAUUUUGUAAGAACCCAACAUGGCCCCUACUAAUUAUGAAACAUGAUCUAUUACUUCUUUAUUCUUCCAUUUCCCCCCAAUCAAAUGACUAACUAAAUCACUAGAUCACCAUUGCCACGACCAGCUCUGAGGAAGGAGCCCGUCUAAGCACACAACAACAGCUGUUGCAAUGAAGAAGAGCUCGUCUGGAUCCAACGCUCUUCAAUGUGUCCAUGUACCUCCUGAAAAUCUAGAGUUGGAAAAAGAUGGAAGAAAUGGUGUGGAACAAUAGGUUUCGAGAGCUUCUGAAUAGAGUUCUUGAUUCGGAAGGGAAUAAGGAACAUUGAUUUUUAUAACUGAAACUCAAAUCGAAAAUCAGAUCAUCGAUGGGGAGAAAUUCGAUGGGCGGUGGGGGAGUUGAGGAAUCUGCUGCGGCUAGGAUUCCAAAUUCAAAUAAUGAUAUUUUCAAAAAAAUAAAGAACACACAGACUAUCAUUACAUUUAUUCAUUUUUAUUUUUAGCGUCAGCUUAUUCCGGGUAUUCAAUCUCUUUUUUUCUCAUUCCAAUUAUUCUUUGUACAGUCUUAUAGGGAAGUUAUGCUUACCAACAUAGGCGAUAGAAUUAGUCUAAGUAUUGUAUUUAAUAAUUUUGAGUCUUAAAUGUCUCACUCAACCGCAGUCGUUGCUAACAUGAUCUGACCAAUUGAUAUACUCCACCGAGUGAGAAACGUAACCAGGCCUACUAUUUCUUUUUGUGUGUGCUUCUUAUGAAUACAAAACAACAAAUUCACCAAGAAUCCUUCUUUACACGGCAAAGAAGGAAAACCAGUCUAUGCACAACCGCAGCCUUAGAUAUCUGGAAAUCAAUCAAUGAUGCGAGAACUAAAAAAAAUAGUUUGAAUAAUAUAAUUAAUUCCUUUACUUUUCAAUGGAUAAUUUAGCUGAUAUUCUACUCUUUUAUUUUUUUUUUAUUUUACGAAAGAGAUUAAUAAACUGAUCUAUUUAGGGUGUUCUAGGAUGACCAAGCCAACACUGACGUAGGAAACUGCUAGGAAUUCACAAGAAGCCAAACGGUUGAUGAGUCAUUUGUAUGAACCAAUUUUCAUAUGUAAGAUUUUGGAUAAAAAAGAUGCAUAUUUCGACAAUGAGAUAUUUCUAAAUUAUUUUUGAAUUAUUAGAUAAUCAUUCCUGAUUUUUUUUGAAAUAACUCAAGCAUUAGUGGAUUAAAAUACUCGAAAAUAACACAUUUUACCUUUUUACCAAAUAAAUGACUUCAAAUGGAAUAACUUAGAAUGAAUAAU